AUGGGAGUUUCGAAUAUUGGAGAAGAAAUUAGAGAAUUUUUAAGCAGAGGAUUAUAUACUACGAAGCAAAUAUAUCAAAAAUUUCAUCACGAGAGUGUAGAUAAAGAGAAGGCUUUGCCGAGCUCCUCACUCAAACUAUGGCCACGAAGUGCUUUCGAUUCCCAGAUUAUUUUUAUACCUAGUGGCAGUGCAGCUUCAGAUACACAACGACUCGACAAACAACUCAGAGUAGAAGACAUCGGAAACAGGGAAGAACGUUCACAGAAAGAACAAGAACACUUCCAUGAAAACUCCCUUCGAGGUUUCUUCAUUCCACUAAUGAAAGGAGCCCCCGCUCGAACUAUGGCCACGACGAGCUUUCAAUUCCCAGAUUAUUUUUAUACCUAG